AAGUCCAGACUGAUGAGGUCUGCCGUCAGUGCGUCACAAAUACCAACCUUUUUGGCAAAACCAGUAACCCAUCUUCCAUCAGAAUCUCUAAGAACUGCUGGUCAUGGACAACCCUUCGCAGCGCCGUCGGCGUUGAGCUUAUGCAACUUUACGGGUGGCGGGCUUCAAGCUAUAAGACCCAGAGCCAUGGCGGUGUCCACUCCCAAUGCGCCUCCCCACCUGAACCGCUUUGCCGACGUGGCCAACAAAGUUGCUGAUGCUGCCGGAGAGGUCAUCCGUCAGUAUUUCAGGAGUAAAUUCGACAUUAUUCAGAAAGACGACCUCAGUCCAGUAACAAUUGCAGAUCAAUCCGCCGAGGAGGCCAUGGUUUCCAUCAUAUUAGACAAUUUCCCUUCUCAUGCCAUUUAUGGAGAGGAAAAGGGGUGGAGAUGUAAACAAGACACUGCUGACUAUGUCUGGGUCCUGGAUCCUAUUGAUGGCACAAAGAGCUUCAUCACUGGAAAACCCCUUUUUGGAACUCUGAUUGCUCUUCUGCACAACAGUACACCAAUCCUUGGCAUCAUUGAUCAACCUGUCUUGGGAGAAAGAUGGGUCGGGAUGACCGGAGAGACGACUACACUCAACAGAAAACAUGUAUCCACACGUGCUUGCUCCAACCUCUCUCAAGCAUACCUGUAUACCACAAGCCCUCAUCUCUUCAAUGGAGAUGCAGAGGAUGCAUUCAUCCGUGUUAGGGACAAGGUUAAGAUUCCGUUAUAUGGUUGUGACUGCUAUGCAUAUGCUCUUUUGUCUUCUGGCUUUGUGAAUCUUGUUGUUGAGUCCGGUCUCAAGCCAUACGAUUUUCUUGCAUUGAUACCUGUUAUUGAAGGAGCUGGAGGUGUCAUAACUGAUUGGAAAGGACAAAAACUUCAUUGGGAAGCUUCUCCGCUUUCAAUUGCAACUGGUUUUAAUGUUGUGGCGGCUGGUGACAAACACAUCCAUCAACAGACAAUAGAUUCAUUGCAGUGGAAGUGACAACGGGGAUUCUUCAGAAUUCAGUUGUUGUGAUAUCGGUUUCCACCAAAAUUUAACUAAUAAGUAGUUCAAAAGCACUUACUCUAAUAUCUCUUGCCCAAGUAUACAAUGGGCCGAUUAUUAAGCCCGAUUAAUAUUAAUAGAAAGAAUUAAUCCAUUAAUAACCCUAAUUCUAUUAUGGCUGUUCAGAUUAACAUACCACCCAAUUUUUCAUAUUUUCACUUUUUCCCUAAAUCACCCAACCCUUAUUUUUGCUGUCCCCCCCCCCCUCCCCCAACACCCAAACCCUCCCAAUCUUUACACACACCCGUUACGGCGCAGAAGCCUGAGAACCUCUCAAGUUGCAACCGAGGAAGGUCACUCCUGAACGCAAUACUCUUCAUCGUUGGCAUCAAGGAUGGCGGCCUCUCUCUGCUGAACAUCCGGCCGUCUCUGCAACCGAGUCACAGGGCGCGACGCCGCCGACUAGGAACGCAACCAAGGAGCCCUCACCGACGAACCGAGUUGCAGCAAAAUUCUCCUCACGUGGGCGCUUUCCUCUCCAUAGCAGCGGUGCAGCCGACCCGAGAAAACAGCCGUCUGAUGGUCAACAGUUCACCGGAAACACAAUAAAUAUCAUCUCUGAAAGAAUCCUAACCAUCCAAUUUUUUCAGGCAAUUGGAUGGUCAUUUUUCAUAAUGGAGAUUGCUAUUUUGAUUUGAUUGUAGUGACAGCACCUUUUUAAAAGAGAACCUAUUGAGUGAGUAUUUAUUCACGGUGAUCAUACAUUCUCCUACAGUCCAAGCUAUAAAUCAGAUGGGUAAAAAGGAAGUGAGAUCACCAUUCUCGGCUCCGAGCACGAGGACGUUGAAAUAGCGUACAGAAGGAUUGCCAAAAGGGAGAAAGUUCAAAAGAAAAAAAACUUAGCAUACUUAAGAUAACGUACUUGAUAAGAUUUGAAUAUUUACCUUAUAUACUAGUUAGAGUCUUUGGAAUUUAUUUAUGACACAUUGGGAUGACAUUUUUGUGGUGGAUCCCUUUUUUUUUUAGAACUUAUGUGAAUCUGUUGGUGUAAAAGAAUUCAAGCAUGACACUGACGAGUGAGUCGAAAAUGACCAUCUAUUUUUCUUACGAAAGUAACCAUCUAGAUACAUGGUGAACCGAACAUCCAGUAUACUAUUUCUUAAUACAGGGAUAUCUCUUUUGUAUUUCAAGCUGACAUUACUUGAAUCUGAUAAGUGUUGACUUCAUUAUCACUGUUCUUGAACCAAUAUACUAUAAUUUGU